CGAUGAGUGGUUAGUGUUUUUCAAUGGUUUUAAUAAAUAUAUAUAUAUAUAUUUAAAAGCAAAUAUACACAUAACAUGUAUGUACGUGUAUGAGGAGUGGAGAAAACAGUUAUAAAAUUUCAAGUAAUAAAUUUCCAAGUUAUCCGGAAAAUAAUUUCUGUGCAAUCGAAUAAUCAAUGACAACAAUGCCACCCGAAAUGUCCACUACAUCAACGCCAACUCCUAUACCUCUACCAAGUACCAAUAAAAUGCAGUGCGAUUCGCUCUCGCUACAACAAUCAUCGCGGUCCCGUUUUAUGAUAACAGACAUUUUAGCCGGUAGCGCAGCAGCUGCGGCGGCUGUCUUCCGAACUGAAGCCAAUACCGAGUCUGCAGCGAAACUAAUAAAUAGCAGCAUUCAAAGCUCCAAGAAUAUAAACAAAAAUGGUGGUUCGCAUAGUACUAUUCAGCACUAUUUACAACAGCAGAAUCAACAUUGGAUUAAACAGCAGCAGUCGUAUUUCACAGGUUUAACAUCGCAUCAACAACAUCUAUCACAUAAAGACAAUGCAUUGAGACCGAAGGAUAGUCAGGGUCAACAACAAACAUCAUUAGCAACACGUGCUUUUAGGUCCCACCUUCACGCACCUGCCGUCAUUGGCGGUAUGACAAAUAACAUAAAUGUGACCCAACCGACACGAUACGCAACUUUACAUCAAAUGCAUCAACCCCAUAAUAACCUAAGCGGUGAAGCUGCCACCGACAAGGAGUGUGAAGGAGCUAUUGAUUGCGGAAUAUACCAGGAUGACCGUUCGCGAUCACCGCCACGUGCCACUCAAAUUAGAUCACAUGAUUUUAGUAUGCAAAAUGAUAAUGGAAAGACCACAGGGGCAAAUGGCUUUAGUGGGGGCAGUAUUAGUGGCGAUCAAGCCAGUACUAUUGACGACAGCGAGAGUGACACUUGUGGUGGCAAAGAUGAAGACGAAUACAGCUGCAAAAGCGAAGGUCUAUUGAGUCUAUCAAAAAAACAACGAAAAGCACGCACUGCAUUUACCGACCAUCAACUUCAGACUCUGGAAAAGUCAUUUGAACGUCAAAAGUAUUUGAGUGUACAAGACCGAAUGGAGUUGGCCAACAAAUUGGAGUUGAGCGAUUGCCAGGUGAAGACCUGGUAUCAAAAUCGCAGAACCAAGUGGAAACGGCAAACUGCUGUUGGAUUGGAGUUACUUGCUGAAGCGGGGAAUUACGCCGCUUUCCAGCGUCUCUAUGGAAACUCUCCUUAUCUGAGUCCUUGGCCAUAUGCAACUCAAACGGCUCAUGCCACGUCCGCUAACGCUAUUGACUUGUAUUAUCGUCAAGCGGCUGCUGCUGCUGUGCUCCAAAAGCCAAUAUCUUAUGGAAUGUAUACGAGCGUACAACCUUUGAACGGUUUAUCGUCAAUACCUGUGCCAUUUGCACAGAUUAAUGAUUCUAAUUCUCUUUCCUCGCUUAAUAAUUAUUAUCACACAUCAGCCAUUGCACAUCCUCCGAACAACAACCACCUUUCUUUUGCACAUUCAUCCAGCCAACAACAAAUUAGGGACUUAGAGUUGAACCGCAGAAGCGUCGAUAUCGGUGAUUUCUCAACGAGUCCUCAAUUGGAUCCGGGAAGUCCACCGGAGCAUAUGGAACAAACAGAAAAAGUGUCUCAAUUCAUUCAUGAUAACAAUGACAUUGAUGAUGACGCUAUUGAGGUGUGAAAUACUUGAAGAAUGCACGUUGAAGCUAGUGGCAAGUAGUUUCGCUUAAGUGCGCGACAUAACAUAUAAGCGGCUGAAUGCAGCUUCGUAUAAAAUGUCGCCAAUGGAGUAUGAAAUCAAAACAAAGUUUUGCUUUGGGUUCAGGCAAAGAAGCCGUACGUGCCUUGAUGAGAAUCGAUAAAGUUCGCAGUUGGAGUAGUGCAGAAAUAGGCAAUCGUAUGCGGUUUUGAGAACUUCGUAUGCUGUUGAAAACUUCCUGCUUUACAGACAUAACUAUGCGUUUGGAACUCAGCUUUCUGGCACCAAAAAAUCAUAUAUGGUUAUGUAUUUGCAUUUCAGUUUGAUAAAUUUAUAUAAA